GUAAGAAUAAACGGAACAACUGUUCUUUUUAUAGUCCAAUGAAAUCAGCGAGCGUAAAUUCAUCUCUGAGGCAGCGUGAUAAAAUUUGGGAGACUUUAACCAUUUUUUCUUCAUCUCUACUUCAGCGCUCUUCUGUUUUUAGACUCCCUUCUGAAAAAUUAUCCCAAUUGGUAUUGAAUAACAUCGCCGGAUAGCUUUGGAUAGAGUCUGGUUAUUAUGCAUGCCAUUAAUAGUAUACCAACAACAACAAACAUCACAGCACAAACAAAUGGAUUACUCUGAUACUAUCUGUAGUACAACUGAUUACUGUGAAACAAGAGCCAGUAAAAAAAAUGAAAGGCCUUCCAUCUAAAUCUCCACUUUUUUAUGACUAUUUGCGCCUGUUUUAUUAUGCCUAUUAUUGCUAUUGUUUGAUGGCCCUCUACUAACUGUUUGAUCGAUUAUUUCUGCUGAUUUAUUUCUGAUGACCUCCCCCUACGUUUUACAGCUGCAGCUCAAACGUCGGCUGAUCCUAGUUUCGGAAAAUUAACUUUUGUUUCAAAAUUCUAAAGGUGAGCCUAACGAGGAAAGACUUGCUUGUCAGAUUCAAAUUGAUCUUUUGUUUAUUUUUGUUCCUAUUGCUUAAACAGUCUUAUGAUCUUAACUCAACACUCUGUUUUUUCAUCAAAUUCCAAUCUUAAAGCCUGUUUAUUUCGAAUGAAGUUUAAAAAAUUCUACUAAUAGUUUAUUUUUGAAAGUGAUAAUGGAGAAAUUAAUUAUAAUUUUGUAUGGCUUCGGCUGCAUUCAGUUUAUACUAAGAGGCGCUUCUUCAGCUUAUAUCAGCGAAACUUCAUGUCCGCAAGUUUGUCAAUGUCUCGACAAAGACGUGGGCUGCAACAACCUCAAUCUAUCGUCCCUUCCAGCUGAUAUUGACGUCUUAACCGAAAAACUCGAGUUAGCCGAAAAUAAGUUAUCAACUGAAAGUCUCAGUCUGAAAUUUUUAUCCUUCCCGAACUUAAAAAAUCUCGAUUUACGGGAUAAUUUCAUCACAAAUAUAAACGAAGACCUGUUGCAUGGUCUUCGAAACUCUCUGGAAUAUCUGGAUCUAUCUGGAAAUGGAAUCCAAAAGGUUGGCAAAAACUCUUUGGCCUCUUUGGCUAAGUUAAAAUACCUCAAGAUGAGUAGAAAUGAUCUAUUUGAGGUUCCAAAUUUGCCACAAAAUUUACAAAUUUUGGACCUUUCAGAAAACUUUAAAAUUCAAUCUCUGAGAAAAGAUUCGUUUGACGGAUUGAAAAGGUUGCAACACUUGAUUUUGAAUGACUGUGAAAUUUACACUGUCGACGACGACGCUUUCGUUGACCAAUCAGAUCUAAUUGAUUUACAAAUGAACGGAAACCCUCUUUACGAAGUGCCCUCGUUUUUACCCCCGUCUCUAAACACCAUAAGUAUGCAAGACAACCGGGUUCGAUUCAUAGGCGUGGGCGAAUCACCGACCAACCCGUUUCGCAACUUGACCAGAUUAGAGCGGUUGCUUCUUCAACGAAACUGGAUAAGUUCGAUCGGUGAUACAGUUUUCAAAUCAAUGACUAGCUUACGUGAACUUGACUUGUCUGUUAACAGACUGAACAAGAUACCAUCUUUUCUCCCAAAAAGUCUGAUGAUUUUGGAGCUAGGGGGAAAUAUGCUGACCCAAAUAUCUCCAGAUUCUGGUUUCACUUCGGUCCUCAAUAACCCCUUCUUACAGCUCCCUUAUUUAUCCCAAUUAGGUUUGAGUAAUAACAGUUUGGCAAACUUUCCUGCUCGAAUUUUACAGGAAAAUAGACAGUUGUCUAUUCUGGAUUUGUCGCAAAAUGAUUUUACAGAAAUUCCGAACAUCUACUCGACUGCGAGACUUGAACUUAAUUUGGACGAGAACCGAAUCCGAGACUUGGACGAGAACGCGUUUAAAAACUGCGCCGAUGUUAAAAAACUAUUUUUAAAUUCCAACCAAAUUUCAAGAGUAGUUGGCGCUUCUAUCGGACAUUUAAAGCAGUUGAAAACGUUAGAAUUACGCGGAAACGUUUUACGAGACUUGCCGAUUUUCGUUUCAAGUCGUCUAGUUAACAUCGAUUUGAGUUAUAACAUGAUUCAAUACAUAACCCCUACAACGUUUAACGACAGUAAAUCCCUGAGUAAAAUCAAUCUGGAGAAUAAUGAGUUGUCGCAAAUUCAGGAGUCAGUUUUUAAAUUUUUACCCCGACUUAGAUUUCUUUUUCUGGGCUCAAAUAACAUAAUUGAACUGAAUUUUCAAAUUCCGGACAGUGUCUCUGAAUUCCAAAUUCAUCAUAACCAAAUUGCAACCAUCGGAAACCUGAGUGGUAAAUUUUUCUCCCCAAAAUCCUACCUGACGGCGCUCGAUUUAAGUGCUAACAAUAUUCGCUCUAUAUCACCUGCCGCCUUUGCUAGCUUCAAAUUUCUGACUGAUUUAUACCUUGACGAUAAUCGACUUUCGACGCUCAAUUUCAAACUACCCCCUAGUGCGAAAAGAAUUUCAGCGAGCAAAAACUCAGUCCGAAAACUUGAAGUUGGAUCUCUGAGCGGACUUACACAUGCUUAUACGCUAGAUCUAACCAGUAACAAAAUUAGUUUGAUUGAAAAGGGGUUUUUCCUGGCCUCUGAAUUCAGAAAACGCGCCGAACAAGGUAACGUCCGACCCUUUGAACUUAUUCUGGACAGCAAUUAUAUCCAAACCAUUAGCCGUGGCAUAUUUGAACCAAUUUUAGAUAACAAAAUUAAGUUCAGUCUUUCGUUAAGCGAAAACCCGAUACGCUGCAACUGCCUUUGGCAAUGGCUUUCCAAAGAACUUGCCCUACCAUAUAUGGAAGUUUCUGGCGACUGCUAUUACCCAAACGAGCUACGAAACAGACUGAUAUCUUCGGUGCCAACUGAUAAACUGCAGUGCUCAAAGCCAAAAAUUAGAACGGAGGCUAAAAACAUGCAGCUGACAACUAAGUUGGGUGCAACGGCGUCUCUGUCAUGCGUGGCAGACGGCGAGCCUGUCCCCUUUUACACCUGGGCAAUUCACUCAAACAGUGGCAAUGACUUAAUCACCCUCAUCAAUGAUGAAGUAUACGAUGAUCACUAUUAUGUCCUCCUAAAUGGCACAUUAGUCAUUCAUGACGUCAGACCAUCCGAUUCGAAGCUGAUCUACGCGUGUAUUGCCAACAACUACGUUGGCUACGAUGUUCUCAGCAUCAAACUCGUACUCGACGAACAGAUAGCCUCGAGUAACCUCUACGAAGUGUGGCAAACGUCUACACAGUUUCCACCUUCGAUAACGCCCAAAAUAAACCUAAUCGGAAACGAAAGCACAACCCAAAAUUAUGACCAAAUAUCAUACGAUUUGUCGCUCGGGACCACCAGAAAGUACCCUUGGACUCCCGAGAACUCCACACCGGGCGGUGCAGUGAACAACGGCGGAAGUAUUUAUGUUCCUGGACCACGGGAUCCUGAUCCCAAGGUCUCAAGUUCGAGCCCGACUGGUGAUCAAAGUACUUUUCGCUUUGAGCCUGAUUACAACAUGGGUAAUUUUAACCCAACUGGCGCUGAUAAUGGUCCAGGUAUGAAUGGUGCUCGUAAAUCAACGCAAGAAGGGCUUUCGAUUGACACUUUUACAACUUUAAUAGCUGUUGCUUGUGGCCUAGUUGUCAUAUUGGUAGUUAUGAUUCUAAUCAUUACUAUUUACGCGUUAAUGAAACGGAAAAAGAUGAACUACCGGCCGCAUAAUCAGUUGCUCGUUAGCGUGCCUGUUAAUGUGAACGGUCAUCAUAAGCCACCCAUAGCUAUGACUAAUGAUGAUGGUAAUUAUGGCCUGAAUGAAAGCGGGAGGCCAUUAAUUGAACACCAUGAUACAUCCGAGUAUAUGUUCAUCACAUCGCGACGUCCGAUGAACGAAGACCAAUUCAGGCAGUGCAAUGGAAACGGAGCUGAGUCGCCUAACGAGUACUUAAACUUCGCAAACGAGCAACUCUCGUCCCAAUAGUAACGCCGAAACUCCAACCGACAGCGUCCCGGAGAGUGUGGGAUGUAGCGGGACCACAUACACAAACAUUAACAACAAUAACAACUACCGGUCUGUAUCUGGAAACGUGUACAGUACGAAUAACAAGUUGAAAUUGGUGUCGCAGCCGACAACUGACAGCAUUGAUUCGGGUGUUUGUCCGAACAGUAAACGGUCGCAGAGUGAGGAAAACGUGCAACCGCUCAAUAAGGUUUUAAUCACUGGGGGCGGUGACUUUUCUUACGUGACUGAAAAACCAGAACUGGUUGAAUUUUGUGACAGGGAAUCGAUGGUUUAAUUCCACCACAAGAUAAAAGCGCGAUUCACAACGCGUGACAAGCACAUCCUUUCUACCAUCAAUAAAUUUUGGAUCUAAACAAAAACCGGCAUCGUAAAGAGAAUUUUAAAUGCAAUCUAGAGUAUAUUCUACGGUUUUGACAUUGUCUCCAUUAUAUGCUUUGUUAAUUAAUUUUUUAUUAA